CGGCGAUCCCUCCGCCCGGAGCCUUCGGGUCUGGGACCCGGGGGCCCAGUGCCCAGGCGCAGGUCAUCCCGGGAGGAGUGGGUUCUCGCUGCAGCGGGACGGGCCACCGGCCUGGCGUUUCGCCGUGGCGUCUCGGUGGGGGGUCCUUCCAGUCGGUUUUCCCGCCUGUCUUCCCGCGCCGCUCGGGUUCCCGGAGGCCGUCCUUCUUCGUGCCGGGAGUGCCCCCUCCGCGGCCGUAUCCUCCUGCUGCUGCUCCCGCUCUCCACGGCCCGGAACCCCGACCCCCUUUUCUACCAGCUCUGGGCACAAUCCCACUUGCCAGCGGGAGCGAUGGAGGCGGUGUGGUUUCCUAGCAGAGCGCGCUGGCCCCAACCCCUCCUGCUUGCCCAGCUCCCGAGCCCUUGGUGGGGUCGCCAGGGCCCGGAGGGAGAGCCGCUCGCGUGCAGGAUGCGUAGGCCUCCUGUGGCAUGAACAAGGGCCAAGUGUGCAGAGGUCCGGAAAGUGGGUGAUGCUGCUGUGCCUGGGUGGGACGUGCUCCACCCUGCAUUUCCUGGCCACACUCCUGAUGAUAGCGUAUAAAAGCCAGGUGUUCAGUUACCCUCAGGAUCACCUGACCCUCGACCUGGCCCUGCUCUUGCUGAUGGGGACUCUGGAAGCACCCCGGAUAUACCUUGGCACCAAGGGCAACCUGACGGAGGCUGAGGGGCCGCUGGCCGCAAGCCUGGUCCUCACGGGAGCCAGUGUCCUGCUGUCCAUCUACUUCCUGCUCUGGCAGACCCUGGUGCUGUGGGCAGACUCGGUCCUCAGUGCCACGCUCCUGGCCAUCCACGGCCUGGAGGCCGUCCUGCAGGUGGUGGCCAUCGCUGCCUUCCUUGGUUAGACAGGUGACCUGCGGCCCCCAGGAUGCCCCGGACGGGAGCACUGCGGGGGGUCCCCGAGGUCCCCACCCUGUGGCACCACGGACGGGGCCCUUUCUCAUCAGUCAGCCCUGUGCAAUGGGGUCCUGUGGCUUGAGUGGCUUGUGAGUCGAGUUCGGGGCAGGACCAGGACAGAACAAAGUGUGGAGCGAGGCGUUGGGGACAGCUGUGGCCAGGGUCAGGGACUGGCCUGGGACAACCCUUGGGUGGCUGCAAGCCAGCAGGGGGCCAGUGGGCUUGGCCCUGUCGCCUCCCAGGGGAGCAGCUUCCUAUGGUGUCCACAGUUGUCUUUCUUGAGGGUGUGCCCAGACGCUGGCCAUCCAGCCAGGACCCCUGCGGCACAGCAUUCUGUGGGGUCUCUGCGACCCUGAGUGUCCACAUGUCCCCACGGUGGGACAUGGCUGUGUGAGUGGGGCAGGGGAUUGGGGUCUUCGGCUACUCUAACAGCUCCAGAAGAAAACAGGCAGUGGGGCGGGCCGGCCCCAGGGUGGGGCUCCUCGCAGCCACAGCCCUGCCCCCAGGGACUGACCCUUGGACACCUGUGAGGGGCUAUGGUGCGGUGAGAAUCCAGGUCUGUGAGCUGAUCCUGUUUCUUAACUUUCCUUCCUCUGUUCCUGUUACUUGUUUCUUGUUUGGAGUGAUGUGUUCCAAUGGACUUGUGGUUUCUCUGCGCUGUAUUUUUAAAAUAAAGAAGUGUUUAUACCUC